CCCGGCAUGACUUCUCGGGGCUCCCCGCUGGCGCCGUUGCUGCUCCUCUCUCUGCAAGGUGUCACGGUUUCCCUGGAGGUCUCAGAGAGCCCCGGGAGUGUCCAGGUGGCCCGGGGUCAGACAGCAGUCCUGCCCUGUACUUUCACUACCAGUGCUGCCCUCAUCAACCUCAAUGUCAUUUGGAUGGUCAUUCCUCUCGCCAAUGCCAACCAACCUGAGCAGGUCAUUCUGUAUCAGGGUGGACAGAUGUUUGAUGGUGCCCCUCAGUUCCACGGCAGGGUAGGAUUUGCAGGCACCAUGCCAGCCACCAAUGUCUCUAUCUUCAUUAACAACACUCAGCUAUCAGACACUGGCACCUAUCAGUGUUUGGUUAACAACCUUCCGGAUAGAGGGGGCAGAAACAUUGGGGUCACCGGUCUCACAGUCUUAGUUCCCCCUUCUGCCCCUCACUGCCAAAUCCAAGGAUCCCAGGAUGUGGGCAGCGAUGUCAUCCUGCUCUGCAGCUCUGAGGAAGGCAUUCCUCGACCAACUUACCUUUGGGAGAAGUUAGACAAUACCUUCAAACUACCUCCAACAGCCACUCAGGACCAGGUCCAAGGAACAGUCAUCCGGAACAUCAGCGCGCUGUCUUCAGGUUUGUACCAGUGCGUGGCUUCUAAUGCCAUAGGAACCAGCACCUGUCUUUUGGAUCUCCAGGUUAUCUCCCGGGCAUUCUUUUACUGGAGACGCAAAAAUAAAGAGGAGGAGGAAGAAGACAUUCCUAAUGAAAUAAGAGAGGAUGAUCUUCCACCUAAAUGUUCUUCUGCCAAAGCAUUUCACACCGAGAUAUCCUCCUCUGAGAACAACACAUUGACCUCCUCUAAUACCUACAACAGCCGAUACUGGAGCAACAAUCCAAAAGCUCAUAGAAACACAGAGUCAUUCAACCACUUCAGUGACUUGCGCCAAUCUUUCUCCCUGCACUCGGGCAAUGCCAACAUACCGUCCAUCUAUGCUAACGGGACCCACCUGGUCCCAGCUCCCCAUAGGACUCUGGUAGUGACAGCCAACAGGGCCUCAUCACCGAAGGUCAUGCCCAGGAGCAAUGGCUCGGUCAGCAGGAAGCCUCGGCUGCAGCACACACAUGCCCACACCAUCAGCCAAGCAACGCUGGAGCGAAUUGGUGCCGUCCCGGUCAUGGUGCCAGCCCAGAGUCGGGCCGGGUCCCUCGUAUAGGACAUGAGCAGAUAGUGUUCAGAAAAAAGCCAGUGAGAUGCCCCAUACACGGGGUGGGGGUGGUGGAUGAGUGCGGGGAAAGAAGCACUUUCCUUAUCAUGAUACUAGUAAAAAGCACAGAGAAGAAAGUUAAUGCUGUUACCUGGCCAUGGAGAUUUGUGAAAUGAGCCAGAAUGUCUGUCCUGAAGACUUGUUUCUCCGCCUCCGAUGUCCCGGGAUCCUAGUCAGUAAGCUGGAUCUCAAAGAUGUGCCAAGCCAAGGGAAAGAUGUGAGCAGAAUAGCACGUGAAAUCUAAACUGCAGUCCAGAUGAGUUUGUUCUCUAGCUCAUGCCUAAAUCUUUCAAGAGACUCAAGUGCCAGAUGGAGUUUAAAUAAUGACAUUAUUUUAAAAGAUAGGCGUCUUUAGAAAACUAAUGAACAUCCUCUUCCCAUCCCUUCUAUACGUAGAGGGCAAAGGGCAUGAAUGGUUAGUAUCUGUCCCUACAUCACAGAAUCAAAACUUUUUACACAAGCAGAAUUCAGUAAGAAGUGUGUGUGGGGGGGGGGGGGAACAAAAGAAACUUCUUUGAGAAGCCCAUUCAUAGUUACUUAUUUGUGAACCAUGAAUUUCAUAUUUGGAAUAUUGCUCUAUGGACAGAUUCUUGCCUGUCUAGGUUUUUCUAGGCUCUGCUACAGGUCCAUGACAAUUACUGUUCAUUAUUU